UAUAUUUUUGUUUAACCUAUUGACGUUAAAAAAAAAAUCCAGGAUCCAUUUGUUUGAUUAUAUAUCUUAAUAUUUCUGACCUGAGAUUAACUAUCUGGAUUUUUAUCCAAAUUUUAUUACUGGGGUUUUUGUUGCUUACUAUAAUAGGAGAAUGAGUACUUUGCAAGGACCAGUUGUUUGCCCUGCUGUCCGUGCGAAGCAAGGUAGGGUUCAUGCAGUCGACACACCAUUAAUGAAAACGAAAAUUCAAAGAAGUGGGAUAUGGGAAUUUAAAGGCAUUAACAGCCAAAGGUUUCAAGUGCGUAACCAGCCAGGAUCAAAAACCGUGACGUGUAGUUUCAGCUCUUCUUCAAAUGGCAAUGGCAGCAUGGCGGAGAGUUUUAAUGAGAAUGAUUCUGAUUAUGUCAACUCUAGCGUUAUGGAAGCUGUUGAGGUUAAGAGUGGACCUGACGGGUUUAUAAUUAAAAUGAGGGAUGGGAAGCAUUUAAGAUGUGCACAUAACAACCCCCAAGGCGGGCAUCUGCCAGAUUAUGCUCCACAUCCUGCAAUAGUACUAAAAAUGGAAGACGGGACAGGCCUUCUACUUCCUAUAAUCGUUUUGGAGAUGCCUAGUGUAUUGCUUAUGGCGGCCAUGCGUAAUGUCCAAAUUGCACGGCCAACUAUGUACAACGUGGUGAAGGAGAUGAUUGAUAAGAUGGGCUAUAAAGUCAAAAUUGUUCGAGUGACCAAGAGAAUACACGAGGCAUAUUUUGCUCGACUGUAUUUAACAAAGGCGGAUGAUGAAAAUGACUGCGUUAGCUUUGACCUUCGUCCAUCUGAUGCCAUAAAUAUUGCUGUGAGAUGCAAGGUACCGAUACAAGUGAACAAGUUCUUGGCACAAAGUGAUGGGAUGAAGAUUGUUGAACCUGCAAAGCUUUCCUUCCAGGGUUCUUCAGAUGGUUUGAUAUUUAAAGAACUUGAUCGACCAAGCGGCCAGCCUUGUGUCGAAACCAAGGAGUUUAAUCUUGUCCGAAACAUGCUUAUUGCUGCUGUUGAGGAACGCUAUAGAGAUGCAGCUCAAUGGAGGGACAAGCUAACUCAAUUGCGAUCAAAAAAAAACUGGGCAUGACAGGUACCAAAUUCUCCGCAUCCAUAUCCGGAGCCCACUGUUUUCAGUAACAAUGUUGUUCGGUUAUGUACGAAAUUGUAGGAUGCGGUCUGUAAAUAAUUGUUCUACAAACUUUAGUCUUAAGUAAAUAAGGGGGACUAAGUAACUAUAUAUUGUGUCUGAAGGUCUUGUAAAUAUGUGAAUAGCUAAAAAGGAUGAUGGUUGUUUACUGUUGUAACAUUUUCUUAUGUGUAUGUUUAUGGUGCACGAUAUUGCAAUUUUCCUAAAGAUUUCUACAUAUCUUUUGGCA